AUGGGUUCCCUCAUAAAGCCUAUCCUCUUGCACGCCCACGCCUCAGGCCCAAACCCCAUCAAGGUAGCCAUCACCCUCGAAGCACUCCAUAUCCCGUAUACAGUGAAGCAAUGGGAUUUCGGAGAUGACAAAGAGAAGGGCGUGAAGGGUGCGGCGUUUCUCAGAAUCAACGAAAUUGGACGUGUUCCUGCUAUCGAGGAUCCAAACACCGGUGUUGUCGCGUGGGAAUCUGGGGCUUGUAUGAACUAUAUUCGGCGGGUGUAUGACAAGGGUAACUUGAUUGGUCCUUCCGGAGAGUUGGCUCAAGAUCUGGUGGAUUUUGAAAAGUGGGAGUAUUUCUUGUUGUCGACAUUGGGUCCGAUAAGUGAGCAGGCGACUUGGUUUAAGAAAUUUAACCCUCAGCAGAACGACAAUGCUUUAGAGAGAUAUACGGCUCAGACCUAUUGUUGCUACGACGUCCUCGAAGGUCAGUUGAAGAGAACUGGAGGCGAAAGCGUUCUCGAUGGCCGCGUGUCUGCCGUCGAUUACCAUUUCGAGCCUUGGUUGCAUGAUUACCUUCUUGCCGGCGUAUCUCUUGAGAAGUAUCCUAUGAUCAAGAAAUGGCUUGGUCUCAUGCAGACUCGUGAAGAGGUGAAGGAAGCCUACUUCAGGAUCAGAAGUGAGAAAUCAGUUUAG